CGUCUUCAUUGCAAAAAAGGGCAAACAAAGGCUAGUGAAAACAGCCUUAGCCAAGCUGCCCCAUGGCCCUGGUUGUGUAUUGGUACGAUUUCAUUUGUUUUGGCGUUGUAGCGGCUGCCUUCAUCGGGUCAUUAUGGGUACUAUGGAAGAAAGAAGCAGCGUCUAGAUGCGACGAGGAAAGCGUGUACGAGAGCCUGUUAGAGGCUCGACCGGAUGCCGACGGGUUUAUACGUGCAACACCGAGGGCUCAUGUUGGUUCCAACCAGUUAUGGACCAGUUGUUGGAUCAGGGUGCACCCUGGAUGGCUAGUGCUCACUCGUUUCGUUUCAUUCGCGGUCAUGGCGGGGUUCUUGGUGUGGGAUAUAGUCGAAUGGGAUGCUUCCAUCUUUGUUUACUACACCGAGUGGACAUUUGUAUUGGUAAUGGUCUACUUUGCGCUGGGGACUGCCAUAUCUGCUUAUGGAUGUUGGGUGUGCUUUACUACACCACUACCUGAAAAUAGUUUAAGGGAUGAAUUUGUAAAAACGGAUGUGGAAGAGGGUAGAAUUGCAAAUUCUGUAACUUAUCAAGCCAAAAAUGUUUGGUGUAAAAUCAAGUUGCAAAGUCACUAUGCUCAAGAAGAGUUUCAAAGAAGGGCAGGAUUUUGGGGUUAUCUUAUGCAAAUUAUAUAUCAGACAUGUGGAGGUGCUGUCAUCUUGACAGACAUUGUAUUCUGGCUUGUUAUUGUUCCAUUUUUAUCAAACUCGCACCUUGGCCUGAACAUGUUAAUGGGUUGCAUGCACACUGUGAAUGCUGUGUUUCUCAUAGUGGAUACUCUUUUCAAUAGCCUUCCAUUUCCUUGGUUCAGGCUUGCAUAUUUUGUUCAGUGGAGCUGUUUAUAUGCUAUUUUCCAAUGGGUUCUUCAUGCCUGUGGGUUUACAUGGUGGCCAUAUCCUUUCUUAGAGCUUAAUACCCCAUGGGCUCCUUUAUGGUACUUCUCCAUGGCUGUGGUUCACAUCCCUUGCUAUGGAACAUAUGCACUGAUUGUAAAAGCAAAAAAUUCAAUCCUCCCAAGAUUGUUCCCCCAUGAUUUUGUCAGAUCAUACUAGUUUCUUUCCUCAUUUUUUUUUUCAAAUCCACUGCUUUUGAAUGUGGUACAUUUAUUUAGGUUUUAUGGUUUGUUUAUUUAUAUCAAGAUGGGGGCAUUCCUCACAUCAAUAGAUUGUGGUUUAUGUAACUUUCCUUUUUUCAUGUUCAACAAUUUGGGAAGUAGUCAAGCAUUUAUACUAAUGUCAUCUUGGGGCUUAUUUUAUAUGUUUAUAAUAUAUUCCCUCACAGCUUUUGACCA